UAUUUUCCAGGACAGCUCUGACACCUAGCGGCCGUUCAUGACAUUACUAUAAAGGACGUGGGAACGCGCGUUCGCGGUGGAAGUUUCUAGCCGGUGAUUUGUGUGUCUUGCACGCACCGCCUAUGAAUUGUGCCGGUUGUCCUUGAAGGGGUGGCAGUGUGUGUGAGGAGCAUGCAGGCGUUACGGCGGGUGGUGUGUGCCAUGUCCGGAGGGGUGGACAGUGCUGUGGCGGCUCUGCUGCUGAAGAGUAGAGGUUAUCAGGUGACGGGUGUAUUUAUGAACAACUGGGACAUUGUAGAUGAGCAUGGAGUCUGCACUGCGGAAAGUGACUGUGAUGAUGCCUACAAAGUCUGUAAGAAACUGGAUAUACCUUUCCACCGCAUCUCAUAUGUGAAGGAAUAUUGGCAUGAUGUGUUCAGCUCUUUCCUGAAUGAGUAUGAGAAAGGAAGAACCCCAAACCCAGAUAUACUGUGCAACAAGCAUAUUAAGUUUAAUUAUUUUCUCACUUAUGCAAUUGAAAACUUGGGAGCUGAUGCUAUAGCCACUGGGCAUUACGCCAGGAUAUCCCAUGAGGAUGAAGAAAUAUUUAAACAUCCAUUUAUUAAAAGCCCUCAAAGUCUUUUCAGGAAUCGAUUUGAAGUAAGAAAUGACGUGAAACUUCUCCAGGCUAGUGACCAAUUCAAAGACCAGACUUUCUUCCUUAGUCAAAUACCACAGUAUGCAUUGAGAAAAACCUUAUUUCCACUGGGAGGAUUGACAAAAGUCUUUGUGAAGAAAAUUGCUACAGAAGCUGGAUUUCAUCACGUUUUAAAGAGAAAAGAGAGCAUGGGAAUAUGCUUCAUUGGUGAGAGAAACUUUGACAAAUUCAUAAUUGAGUAUUUAGAGCCACAGCCUGGGAACUUUGUUUCUAUUGAAGAUGGGGAAAUUAUGGGAACGCACAAUGGAUGGUUUCUCUUCACACUGGGCCAAAGAGCAAGAAUUGGUGGUCUGCGGGAUGCUUGGUUUGUUGUUGAUAAAGAUGUGACGACAGCAGAAGUUUUCAUAGCUCCGUGUACAGACCACCCAGCUUUGUACAGAGAACGUCUUCAAACAGACAGAGUGCACUGGAUCUGUGAAGACCCUCCUGCAGAGUUGGUGAGGUACAAAAUGAUGGAUUGUCAUUUCAGAUUUCAGCACCAGAUGGCGCUAGUACCUUGUUUAUUAACCCUAAACCAGGAUGGCUCAGUUUGGGUAACCUUGAAAAAGCCAAUAAGAGCCUUGACACCAGGACAGUUUGCGGUCUUCUACAAAGAAGAAGAAUGUCUUGGAAGUGGGAAGAUUCUGAGACUGGGGCCUUCAUUGUACAUCUUACAACAGUGCAAAGAGAGACUAAAAUCUGGGGUGGCAAACCUGCCCGAAGACUUUUUUAAAGAUCUGGAGCCACUAACCUGACUGCUGCAAUUGCCCCAGCUAAUUGAAAGUGUUUAGUGAAACGUGAGCCAGAAAAUGAUGACAGAGUGAAAGCACGCUGUCUCUAGCUUAAUUAAGGGACAAGUUCUGACAGACUCUGACUGGCAUCCUACCUCUGAGGCCUUUUUAUAAACAAUAAUCGAUUGUUUUCUACAGACAAUAUGCAAGUCUUUUAUAUUGAAGAGAAGAUUACAUUUUUACUACUUUUUUUAUUUUAUUUUAACUUGAACAAACCUGAGAAGGUCCUGGGCAUUUGGUGCAAUAUAAAUGUGGUUUUACAAUACUGA